AUGUCGGAAAUUCCGCAGACAGCCGAUCCUGCCAUAAAAGUUGUGCCACCGUGUCGCAUUCGGGCACAUCCGUCCUCGUCGUCGCAAAGUUCUGUGCCGUACGAGCCGACGCCACCGAACAGCAACAAUAGUGGUCAUAUGCUCGUCGAUCCUAUUCCAAGGCCUGAGCAAGUGGGUACGGUGAUCGGCCUUGCGCAUUCUUCGGAAGAUUCGCAUCUGAUCAACAACUUCUCCCCGCCUUUAACUACUUCGAGCAGGUCGUCGGUCGCUCUGGAUGCGACACCGCCAUUGUCUAGUGGGGGUGGAGCUGUGCUAGUUGUCAAACAAGAUCAUACACUUAACGGACCUCCAUCUGCCAAUUUCAAUGCCCUUGUUAACGCCGCCGUAGUUCAGGCUGCGGAAUUGACGAACCAUAACAGGUUAGGUGUGGCAACGGGCUAUGUGGCGGACGCCAAUGGUCAUCACGAAGAGAAAAUUGUAGUCGAGUCGGCUGUCAUCUCUUCCGGUGCUCUAACUCCUGCCACUGCGAAAGUAGCAGCAGUGAAGAGAAGUCGUGAGCCGAAAACGGAGUAUCCCGAGAAAGCGAAACGCCCCCGAGCUAACCAUCGGACGAAAAGCGAGAAAGCAUUACGCGAUCUUGUUGGUCCAAUCGUCUCCGAAACGGUUUCCGAUUUUCAUCGGGAAAGAGUUGCUGAUCGAACUGUGACCACCGAUAGCCGUCGCAUGGUUACAACCAACGCUACUCCGUCGACGUCACACGACGUGCCAGUUGUUUCGCAACAGCCGAUUGUCACCGCCCAACCUGCCGCUUCCAGUCUGAUUGGCACUAGUCCAUUAGCUGCUCGACCGCAAGGUAACGUGGGACCAUCAAAUUCUACCCUUCCAUCGUCAAUGGAACAGUUGUUGGAGCGGCAGUGGGAACAGGGAUCACAAUUUCUGAUCUCCCAAGCCCAGUUCGACGUUGCUCAAUUGCUGUCCUGUCUGCAUCAAUUGAAAUCGGAGAAUAUUCGUUUGGAAGAACAGCUGGUACAGUUGAAUCGACGGCGAGAACAUCUCAUCGCACUAACUUCACGGUUAUCUGUUCCGCUAGGCCCAGUACCGACAAGCCUCGUUAGUCCACAUCACUCUCCGAUAGUGGUGGCGUCUACCUCCGUACCGCCAGCUGGAGUGGAAGACUCAUUGACCCAGUUGCGUUCGCUGGCCAGUGGAACUCCUCGUCCGACCGGUCGACCACCUAGUCAGGCCUCCGCUGUACCGUCUACCUCCUCAUUCGGCACGUCUCAGCACAGUGGCCCAGGAUUCGUCCCUCAUGUCCAAAGCAGGACAACCGCUGGCGUUUCUUCUGCUUCCGCGACACCUUCGACUGCAACGCUGACGACUACGUCAACGUCACAGCCGCAACUUUUGACUGCCACCUCGUCUGCACCGGUGGUGUCCGCGGAUCUGACUGCAAACAUCAGUCCGGAACGGCUAGCCGCCCUAAACCCGUUGAUAAAUGGAGGUUUUCUUGGGAGGGGUAAUCAAAUGCUUGGCACGGGGAACGCUAUGGAUCCUCUGAUAACAUCGUUUCUGUUAUCGCAAGCGCAACAUAGUCAACAACAAUACUUGGCUGGCAAUUCGACGGCGAAUCUGUUGGCUCGUUUUAUGAUGCCUCCGAUAAGUGGAUCGAAUUCGGUACAAGGCGCCGGUGGCAUGGGAAAGUGA